AUGUCCCUGGUGGGCCCAGUGAUGCCCGUACCCUCCGACAACGACAAGAAUGCCCACACCCACGCCGACAUCAUGAACGACUUUUACUCGGCCUCUGCGUCUGCGGAGCCCUGUCGCAACCCGCUCUACCGCCCCAGCCACUCGCGCAGCAGAAGCUCCCAUAGCCGCACCUCGCAGCACUCGCAUGCAGAAGACAUGGCCGCCCUCCCGUCCAUGCCCUGUCAUGACACCUCCAUGAGCCUGCAGCCCCCCGACUUUUCUCAAACGCAACCCCCAAAGCCAAGCAACAUGUAUCAGGAUACCCAAAUGGCACAACUCUCCUUCCCCACCUCCGCUAACAACAUGUCUCCUUCCAUCUCGUCCUAUCACGAGCAUGCCACGCCCGAGACCUUUCUCUCGGAUCCGGUCUAUACCGACAUCAGCCAGUACACCACUCCGGGCCUCGACGACGAGCUUCUUGAGGCCCAGGUGAACAUGGGAUUCCUUUCUGUUGGCGCCAUGAACACUCUCAACGCCGGCUUCCACGACAGCUCCGUGGCAUCCCAAAACUCAUCCGGGCCCAGCAGCAUCAACGCUUCCAACAACAGCCUUUUGGCUCCUACUUUCUCCGCAAGCUACGGUGGAACUACGCACUUGGUGUCCCCGUGUCUGACGACCCAUUCGAGUCCAGGCUCUAGCAACGAGUGCUUGCCGAAUCCGUCUCUUGUCUCAGCAUCAGGCAAUAACGGUAAUCCCGCUGCAAGAUCGUUGACGCCUGGUAUGGAGGACCAUUCGCACGGCAUGCCGAUACCACAGCAGCAACAAAGCCCGGCGCUAACGGCAAGCCCAGGUGGCGGCUUUCUUGAUGUACCUCAGGACCGCUCGACGAACUUCCCAAGCCCUGUUGUCCGAAUCGAGAAUUUUAGCAUAGACGAAUCACCGGCUCGCCCAGACGUUGCCCGUAGUCUCAGUAACAAGCGAUCCGGCAACCAUCUAUCCCCGCGUGACCUGGAAGAGUCGGACGACGACGAGUCUGGCCGGUCGUUUGUACGAGAUGUUCCCAUACGGACGGUGCAGAUACCAGCACCGUUGCGUGGCGACGAUGGCUCGUGGAUUCCCAAUGCCAGCUCUGGACAGGCUGGAGUACACCCUGAGGAGCGGAAGGACAUGCAGGAUCAGCAUGUCCCUACUCUGAAAGAACAGGAAGACCAACGUCUGAUGGAAGAGAAAAACCACGACGUGGCUGAUUGGCUCACCAAGAGUGAAGUGGGCAGCGAAGCCGGUGGGCCCGAGAGCCGACCGCGCCGUAAGAAGCAGUCAGCCGUCGGACGCCGAAGGGCACGCAGCACAAACGACAUUUUAUCUCGACCUCGGCAAGGGCUAGGCGUCCAAUUUCCUCCAUUCAUUGUUCCAGGACCAGGCCUGCAUCUCAACAUCGAAUCGGAAGAUGAAGAUCUUGGGUUUUCUGAGGGAGAUAGCACCAGCGGUAGCCCGGAUUCCCCACCAGCUCAAGUCAACGUCGAAGAUGACAAAGACCAGAGCUCCUACUUCCCGAGGAUGCCGCAUCCAACGGAAGAUGAGAACCUCCCGCCUCACGUUCGUCCAUGGCAUGAUGCUCCACGGCCUUCGGAACCGUCUGAAGUGAAAUAUCAACCAGAUACGUCCAACGCCGCCAUGAUGAAAUUUCAUCAGCGCGCUAGAGACCUCGAGACAGCCUCAUUAGCAGUGACGGUUGGCUCGCAACGUCGUAGGAGCGAAUCCGAGAUCGGAAGUGUGCGUCAUGCUGCCGGGAUUUCGAAGAUUGUCGGCCCGGCUGCCGAAGCGAACAAGCCCAAGGAAAAGACACGAACGAGGACAGGAAGUCUGCUGAACAAUUUGAAGCGCCACCCCAGUAAUAUCCUCAAACGCAAAGGUAGCCAUCCGAGCCAUUCCCCGCAGCAAAGCACAGCUGCUCCUUCGCCCCCUGCGCUUUCGCUUGAGACCUCAGUCAAUGUCCCACCCGAGCGCACGAGCAGUUGGGGACGGUCGAAGUCCCCUAAGGCCGAUGGUAGUCCCACCGCCCUCUUUAAAGAUCACGGAAGCCUUGCACCGUUUGCAUAUGCAAAGAACCGAAUCCGCAGAAGUAGGAGCCGGAGUGAUAUUGGCAGUAAAACUCCAGGCCUGUCAGAGCUCAUGCGCACGCACGGUGGUCCACCGACCCUGUCCUUGGUGACACCAGCAAACACUACCGAUGCUUCCAAGCCUAGGCCCCGUGGUGCGGAUGGAAGUGGCGAUGAGGAUGAUGGCGAUUUUGACGAUGUCAGUGGAGUCACGAUGGAUCUAAAGGUCCGGUCAGAUCCCAUCAUACCCACAAUCGAAGGAUUCCGUUCACACGCACGGUUGCUCAAUCCACGAGUCGACGAGUACAUGAUCGAGCGGAUAGCCCAAGAGCAGCACCGGCGAUACAAGAAACUGCUCGAUCUCAAGGUCAAGCAUCUGAAAGCAGUGAGAGCGAAGAACUGCGUGUCGAGUGGCUUCUGUGCUCCUCUGGGGGGUCAGCCCAAGAUCCUUUCUCCCCCUCCGAACAAGAAGGAUGGCGAAGCACCUUUUGCUGGCUUCCAGAUUGUUGUUUCGUCUGACGAUGACCUUGACACAUCUGAGGAAGGCACUAUCAUACCCAAGACGCUCCCCGCUGGGUUUCCCGUCCCUCCUGUCAGACGUAUGCCGGCCGAGUUCGAAUGCCCGCUUUGUUUCAAGGUCAAGAAGUUUUUCAAGCCCUCGGAUUGGACCAAACAUGUGUAUGAAGAUCUUCAGCCGUUUACGUGCACAUUUCCGAACUGUGGCGAGCCCAUGUCGUUCAAGCGGAAGGCCGAUUGGGUCAGACAUGAGGACGAAAGGCACCGGCAGCUGAAAAGAUGGAUCUGCGAAAGGCAAGGCUGCGGGCAUGUGUGCUACCGCAAGGACAACUUCGUGCAGCAUCUUGUACGUGAGCACAAAGUACCGGAACCGAAAGCCAGGGUUGGCCGCGCAGCGAAUGUACCGAGCAAUGUCCAGAUUGACUUGCGUGCAUGGAAGGCUGGAGAAGAUGUCUUCGGAGGGCCCGGUGACAUCUCAGACAAGAUUUGGUCUUUGGUGGAAGUUUGCCGACAGGAUACACCGUGGCAACCAGAACAGGAGUCAUGCCGGUUCUGCGGCAACAUUUGCCCCAGUUCGAAGAAACUCACGGUCCAUCUGGCAAAGCACCUUGAGCAGAUCAGCCUGCCGAUCCUUCCGUUGGUGGAGAAGAAUCAGCUUUCUGCGGACAGCAUCAUCAGCCCUGUGGAGAGGCCACACGUGCAUCGGCAAAGGGCGUCUUCGUCGGCUGCUCCGGCAUGGUCGGACAACAACUCGAAACACAGCCAGAACCUCAGCGCCAACUCGAGUUACUCGAGCUACAACCAAGACGCAUCCGGACCGGCGACGUCGAACGUCAUGCACACAUACCCGCCCCCACAGUUCCAGCACUAUGGAGCUCAGGCCCAGCAACAGGCUCAGGCAGCCGUGUCGUACGGCGGCGAUGGUGCAUCGAGCUUCGCGGUGCGGUCGUACCCGCUACCGGCUGGAGCGAGCGGCAUGCGACUCAACCCCAACCAGUACGCGUCCAACGGCUACCCCCCGGCCAUCACGCCAAUCACAGACUUCGCACAGGGCGGGCAAGUCUUCCACUCGCCGGUGGAAGCUGGGCCGUUCAGCAGCGACUUGCCGACGAAUCUGUAUGCUUUCAACAGGCCGAUGGGAUCAGACUUGGCGGGCGGCAUGCCGAUGGCGGGACAGGUGCGGAGCGAGCAAGUGAACGGCGGGGGACCGCUCCCUUACCAGCAACUGCCCUCAUCAUAUCCCAGACAACAACAACAACAACAACAACAACAACAACAACAGGGGUAUCGUGACUACGAAUACUGA